UACGGCAGCUCUUUCACCCGACGAAGCUAGAUAAACAAACAAAAGCAGGACAUUAUUUACCCUAUAUUUAUUAAAACUACCGGGAUUUUGAUGCGGUUUGGCGUAUAGAUGUGCUUACCAGAGACGGACAGGUGCGGUGAAGGCCCGACAGAGCAGAGAAAGAAGCUCCAGCAUCAUCGUCGCUCACUGGAGCGUCAGGCUAACUCGUUAGCUCGACAUGUUUAUUUUAGUGCCUGGACGGAGCAGCGCGACAUGAUGGCGUGAAACUAUCGCAGUGUGUCAGCCAGCUGCUACACGUUUCUCCGUUAGGUUUUGUGGAAAAGGUGAAAGUUGAAUCCGAGACUGCUCUCCGUCAAAUCUCCACCUGGGCGCCAUGGCGUGGGCUCUCAAGCUGCCUCUGACGGACGAGGUGAUCGAGUCUGGGCUGGUGCAGGACUUCGACGCCAGCCUCUCUGGCAUCGGCCAGGAGCUCGGGGCGGGGGCCUACAGCAUGAGCGACGUGCUCGCCCUCCCCAUCUUCAAACAGGAGGAGUCCAACCUGCCUCCAGACUCCGACAACAAGAUCCUUCCCUUUCAGUAUGUUCUGUGCGCAGCUACCUCGCCGGCCGUUAAACUGCAUGACGAAACACUCACCUACCUCAACCAAGGACAGUCCUAUGAAAUAAGAAUGCUUGACAAUCGGAAAAUUGGGGAACUUCCUGAAAUCACUGGUAAAAUGGUGAAGAGCAUCAUCCGUGUGGUGUUUCACGACCGGAGGCUUCAGUACACGGAGCACCAGCAGCUGGAGGGCUGGCGCUGGAACCGGCCCGGCGAUCGCAUCCUCGACCUCGAUAUCCCCAUGUCAGUCGGCAUCAUCGACCCCAGGGCCAACCCGACGCAGCUCAACACCGUGGAGUUCCUGUGGGACCCGUCGAAAAGAACCUCGGUUUUUAUUCAGGUUCACUGCAUCAGCACAGAAUUCACCAUGCGCAAGCACGGAGGAGAGAAAGGCGUCCCGUUUCGCAUCCAGAUCGACACGUUUAAAGAAAACGAAGGCGGAGAGUACACGGAGCAUCUCCACUCCGCCUCCUGCCAGGUCAAGGUCUUCAAGCCCAAAGGUGCCGACAGAAAGCAGAAGACGGACCGGGAGAAGAUGGAGAAGAGAGCGCCGCAGGAGAAGGAGAAGUACCAGCCCUCCUAUGAAACCACCAUCCUGACGGAGUGCUCGCCCUGGCCUGAGGUCACGUACGUGAACAACUCGCCGUCUCCGGGCUUCAACAGCUCCCACAACAGCUUCCCAGUAGCUGAAGGGAACGGGUCACCAAACCACCAGCCGGAGCCGGUGGUUCAGGUGGCAGAUAACUUGUUACCAGCCGCGACGCCGCAGGACGCGCAACAGUGGCUUCACAGAAAUCGCUUCUCACCCUUCUGUCGACUCUUCACCAACUUCUCAGGGGCAGACCUGCUGAAGCUGACCAGAGAAGACGUCAUUCAGAUCUGCGGGCCAGCUGAUGGUAUCCGACUCUUUAAUGCACUGAAAGGACGGGUGGUUCGUCCGAGGCUGACCAUCUACGUUUGUCAGGAGUCUCAGCAGGCGCGCGAGCAGCAGCUGAAACACGAGAACGGAGAUGCUUCUGCCAGCACGUUCUUCGUUUAUCAUGCCAUUUACCUGGAGGAGCUCACAGCUGGCGAGCUGACAGAGAAGAUUGCUCAGCUCUUCAGCAUCUCGCCCAGACAGAUAAAUCAGAUCUUUAAACAGGGUCCCACCGGCAUCCACGUGCUGGUUAGCGAUGAGAUGAUUCAAAACUUUCAAGAUGAAGUUUGUUUUAUUUUGGACACAAUGAAAGAUGACACAAAUGAUGGCUACCACAUCAUCUUAAAGUGAAUCCUCUGCGGGAGAACAGCCUUUCCUCUUCUCUCCUCUCCUCUCCAGACCCGAACCAGUCGGCUUCUCCAGGCCGGGCGUCAGGAGGAACGUGUGACUGAAGCCCUCUUCCUCGCUAUACCUUGCUGUCUUACUUUCGCGGGAGCGACGGCGUUCGUUCUCCCCGCCGUUCUGCCAUCGUUUCCCUCAAGUGGUUGCGUUUUUCCUCCGUCGCUUGCGUCUCCUGGCACCACAGCUGCCGUCGUUUUGUCGGUGAAGCUGAGCACCUGGCGCGCCAGAGCCCCGCGCUUCAGCAUCAACCGUCUGUGGUCUCUUUGAAAACCAACAACCAAACAUUUUAAACAGUUUUAACAGUUUUUCUCUCUCGAAAAACAGCGACAAUUGGAAAGACAGGACUUGAUUUUCACUGUGCAGUUGAGCGUGAUUUUUUUUUUUUUUUUUUUUUUUUUUUUAGCCCUCGUGCUGGGUUGCUUUUUUUUUUUAAAUCCACCGGAAUCACGCUAAAGCUAGCACAGUCACACAGUUCAAUCAGUCCUAAACACCUGGUGCAUCAAAAUCAGCCACCGGGAUCUGAAGGGAAUCGUUCAAAACAAAAGUCUGUUACUCAAAAGGAAAACAAGAAGUUUUCCAGACUCACCCAACACACAGAGGCAGGAAAAGUAUGUGAACCUGAGGGAAUUUCUUAGUUUUCAACGUUAAUCACACAUAAGAUUUGUAGUUAAAAGUGCCUGAUCUAAUACCACACUAUUUUCGUAAUUUGUGUUUUUAUUAAGCAUAUCCAGUGAACAUGCAAACGUAAGUGAAUCUUCUGAUUUAACUAGUUGAACUAGUGAAAUAUAUUCUUUUAGCAGAAAUAACUUCAAAUGCUUCUGAUCAGACCUGCACGGCGCUCUGCAGCUCGUCUGGCCUGCUUCCCCUCUCAGAACGGCUCCACUCGUCCAUCCCAGGUUGUUUUCAUCACUGAUGACUCAACCAGUUGUGUAAUAAUGGCCUAUAUAAUGUAAUGCUUGUCGAUUUUACAAUUUUGACCAGUUUAAUUGUAAUAAAUCCAAGAGCAUAUCCAAUGUGUUAGGAUAAUGUAAAUAAACCAUCAAUGGCAGAGUGCUGAUUAAUCUGUAUCUGGAAAAAUGACAGCUGUGCCAUCCACUACAUGGCAAAAACGCCCACAAUGUUCAUCAAGAAGGCUUGUCUCCGUGGUGUUGGAGAGUGGACUGUUGACCUGUCCAGGGCGUGUCCUGCACUCGGCUGGGAUCGAUCCCAGCCCUCCGCUGCCCUGAACGGGGUGGGUGGAUGUUUUGGAGUAUGAGGGUUCUUUGCAAAAGCAGCGGCUUUAUUUGCGGUGUGUCGUCAUGGAGACGAAGUGUGUUCCAUGUUUUGGGCACCAUAAGCUCAUGAACAGAUUAUAUUUUCCUUUAAGUCUUAAGCUGUUGUUUCUGGCUUGUCUUUUGCCCCACUGGGCCUCCUGCAGCAUCUCGGCAGGCAGCCCGCUUCUAGUAAAAGUAGAGCUGCAGUUCUACAUUUUUAUUUAUUUAGAGUUUAAAAUUAUUGUGGAUUGAUGAAUCUAAAGUCUUUGAUGUGACUUUCUAACCUUUCCUAACCUUAACCUGUUUGAUGGAUUCAUUAGUGGGAGCUUUAGUUUGUGGAGUUUGCGUGUGCAUGCAAGGAUUGUCUGUGGAUGCUUGAGUUUUCUCCCAUAGUCAAAAAAGCAGUUGCUGACAGUGCAGCGUUACAUUAAGCAAAAUGUGGAGCUGAUCAAAUUUUAUGGCUGUUUAAUGCAGAAAACUAAGACACAAGGUUCAUAUACUUUUUCUUGUCCGUGUUGUUUGUGGAGACCACGUGUGAUUGUUACUUAAACACAAGUUAUUGAUCAUAGGGGCAACACCAGCAAUCUGUCUUCAUGUGCUUUCUGUCCUGAUCCUCCUCUUUAGUACACCAGCAAUUUGUUUGUUUCUUUGCCAUUUUCCAGAUUUGUUUUUAAGUAGUUUAGUCUUUUAAGAUGUUUUUUUUCUUGUUUUUUUUUUUUUUGAGA